ACCUGGAGCGUGGUGUUUAUUUCAGCAUACCUUACUUCAGUGCUCUCUAGUUGACUCGGUUAUUACCUAUGUAGUGUUGACAACAAGCGGACUUUAUUGAUACUAGAACUCCCAAACGUCGUGGUUGAUCACAGGAUAUUGUGUUAUUCCAAUGACUGGUACCGACUGGAAUGAUGAGAAAAACGUCUUCAGCCGACGUGGUCAAUGAACAUCCAACACCUGUUCAAGCACCGGAUGGUGGAUGGGGAUGGAUGGUCACGUUCUCCUCAUUUAUGAUCAACGUUUUGAUUGACGGCAUCUUUUUUACGUAUGGAAUUUUCUUCCCUGAAUUUCUGAGACAUUUCGGAGAAAGUAAAGGAAAGACCCAACUAUUACAUUCGAUACUUGUUGGAACAUGUCUUACUUCAGGUCCUGUGGUCAGUGUACUGGUGAACAAGUAUGACAUUAGAAAGGUGGCCGCUACUGGAACAGUGAUUGCCAGUGUCGGACUUUUCCUUUCCACGUUUUCCCCAAACCUGAAUGUGAUGCUUAUCUUUUACAGCAUCGCAGGGGGAAUUGGUUUUGGUAUUCUUUACCUACCUUCGAUUGUGAUCAUUGGUGUAUAUUUUAACAAACGACGAGCCUUAGCUACGGGAAUAGCUGUUUGUGGAGCCGGGGUUGGCACCUUUGUAUUUGCACCAAUCACAAAGCUGCUUUUGGAAGCAUACAACUGGAGGGGAGCAACGUGGAUCAUGUCCGCCAUAGUUCUUAAUGGUGUUGUUUUUUCCGCUAUCUUCAGGCCACUAGGGAAGGAUAUGAACCGAAACGAUGCAAAAAUCAAGGAUGUGUAUGAUAAGUGUGAUACCGGAACCGUUCAGAAUCCCGGCGGAUGUUUUAGACAGUUUUGCUUAUCAAUGAAAGACAUGUUUGACUUUUCGCUUCUUAAAAGUCCCACUAUGUUGUUGUAUGGAGCUUCCUGUUUGCUCGUCAUGUUUGGUAUGAUAUUAUAUAACUCAAAUGAGGAAGGAAGACAUUUUGAUGACUCGCGCCCUAACAGGGUAUCGAGUUCACAAUCUACAGAACCCUAUCGCCUGACCAGAUAUACCCACAGCUUAAACCACUGCGCCUUAUCCACGUUAAGCGAUUAUGAGCCAUAAGAUUAUGAGUCAUAGAAUUGCCUUCCUUCGUCAUUUAUGUUACUGUGUUAUAUACAUAAUUAUGGACACAAUGUAUUAUAUGUAUCACGAUUUUUUAAUCCGUUAGUUAAUAGUCA